AUGGUCGAAGUUUCACUCACCGUUGGCAAGCUUGAUGCUUCUCUUGCACUCUUGUUGACGAAAGACCACCACUUGAUUGAAUUCCCCACAGUUUUAUUGCCCAAUGGCGUGAAGGCCGGCUCCAUAGUUAAGAUUAGCUGUGAGCGUGACUUGGAGACCGAGAUCGAGGAGCACAGGAGGUUUUUGGCAGUGCAGGAUGAGAUUCUCGAGACUUUCGGUAAGAAUCUUCCCCAGGCGCCCUUGUUGAGGAUCAAAAACGUCACGCAGACUUCGUGUGUCUUGGAAUGGGACCCGUUAGAUCUCGGCACCGCCACUUUGAAGAGCUUGACUCUUUUCAAAGACGGCAAGAAACUCGGGGCUAUCCCCCAGCCAUUGAGCAACCGCACCACAAAGCUCUCGGGAUUGCCCAUUGAAAAGAGCUUCAAGUUCCAGCUAAAAUUGGACUCCACAGCAGGCGUAUACACGUCCGACAUUGUCGAAGUGACGACCCACAAGAUGACGGAUUUGUCUGGGAUCCAGGUAUGUUUGGGUGACAUAGCCCCCAACGACCAAUUCACGUUGGACGAUAUCCAGCAGGCUUUGGUCAACAUGGGCGCUCAUCAUCCUGCUCUGGACAAGAUGAAGGUGGAAACCACGCAUUUUGUAACCACUCGCGAGAACAAACAGAACCCAGAGUUCAUGAAGGCAAAUGACAUGAACAUCCCUAUAAUCCGACCCGAGUGGUUGAAGGCGUGCGAGAGAGAGAGAAGAAUCGUCGGAGUGCGCGACUUCUAUGUCAAAGACUGCGUUCUUCCGGAUAUACUCGCCAAGAACUACUGGCUGAAGCCCGCCUCAUCG